CACACACUCAUGCCGAGCAUUAACCACGCUCAUGAGAAUCUGAGAGAAAGAGAGGGAAGUGAAGGAGGGAGGGAAAAAAAGCAGGUUUAAUUAAUUCAGUGGAGAUGGGAGGGAUGGAGCUGCUGUCCCUGCUGAGGAUCCAGCGGUUGUGCUGCCGUGUUACUGCAUGCAGCUGAGCGUUCACACAGAGGACGUCUCCGUGGCUCCUCACUGGGAACCAGACGCCCGUCCUAAGCAGCCACAUCACUGUGACUCACUGGCGGUUUGUGUAAGCAGCCGAUGGUCUGGGCUAGAUCAGCACUGCCCACAGGUCUGACCUGCUGAGAAACGUUCAGCCUCUGAGUGAUGAGGAGUAAUUACACAGAUGAAUCUGCGGACCUCCGUCUGACCGGACUUUAUUGCCCCUGGAGCAGUGAUACAGGAGCUCAUCCACAAGGAACCUGAAGCCAACAUAUGUUUUUUUUUUCUUUUUUUUCUCCACACUUUGGUAAUCAAUGCCAACCUGAAGGAUUGACCUUCAGCAUCACCCCCAUGACCCCCUGUGUGCUCCCCAAGGUGCCUGUUGGAAAGAGGCAGCAGCUAUAUCAGACAACCAUUCAUUUGCUUUUUUUUACCCUACUCUGCAUGAAGACCAUCACCCAGUCCACCCCAUCCAUGCACGGGAUGCACUUGAUGUAGAGACGGAUCAGCAGCUGUUCUGAGGAAGCAUGGGAGACAUGAGCUGGGUGUGUCUGAGCCCGGCAGAGUUCAACCAGCUGCAGCAGUACAGCGAAUACUCCACAAAGAAGCUGAAGGAUGUUCUGGAGGAGUUUCACGGUGGGGGCGUUCUCUCCAAAUACAAUCCAGAACAGAUGCAAGAUGUUCUGAACCAACCGAUUGACUAUGAGGGCUUCCAGCUCUUUAUGGCCACCUACCUGGAAAAUGAUAUUCCAGAGGAGCUGUGUCAGCAUCUAUUCACCUCCUUUAAGAGCAAGACGGGACGCUGUUCUCCAGACCAGCCUCGGGCCGGAACAAGCUUACUGGACGCCCGUUCCAUUGAUGCAGGCAUCUCUAUUCAGACUGAAGUGGCCUGUGCUCCCAUUACAGGGAUGAACGGAAAGAGCAUCCUGUCUGCCAUGGGCCGACAUACCCCAGAGCACUCCGGUGUGAUGAGUGCAGCGGGCUCAGGAGCUACCACGUCCCCUUGCUCAUCCCGCUCUUCCUCACAGCGGUCGGGAACAGCGGCCCACACGCCCGGGGGGGGGCAUCGAUCGCCGUGCAUGCAGGCCAAACCUUCAGAGGCUUGUAGCAAUGCCUUGAACCCCAAUGCUGGUUCUACCAAAUCCCCAGUGUCCCCAAAGCUCUCCUCAGAGAAACAUCGAUCCCUGCGGAGAAGCCCGUCGCCUCAGAAAGGCUCCCCACAGACGUCACCUCAGGUGGUCUUUCUCAAGGACAUCGUCUGCUACCUAUCGCUGUUAGAAAGGGGGACGCCUGAGGACAAGCUGGAGUGUAAGUGAAACGGGGGAGUGAAGUGUGAUGC